GGUCCCCAGUGCCACUCCCUCUCACCUAGGAAGCCCGUCAACGCGCUGACGUCACGCGCACCGCAGGCGUCCCGCCGUCUGGCCCACCCGUCAAAACCUUCCGGGAUCUCUAUUUUUGCGGUUAGCGGGGACAAUUUGAACUCUGUUCGUACGGAAGGCCGGCAACGACGAGGACCAAAGGCGGGUCCUUACGGACCCCUGCUUCCCCAUAGUAAGAGGAUGGCCCAUUUCUCAGGCGAGGACGAGGUGAUGCUGCAGGCGAUGCUGAGGCAGUUGUUCCAGAGCGUGAAGGAGAAGAUCACAGGUGCUCCCUCUCUGGAGUGCGCCGAGGAAAUCCUUUUACAUCUGGAGGAAACUGAUGAAAAUUUUCACAACUAUGAAUUUGUGAAAUAUCUUCGGCAGCAUAUAUGUAACACUUUGGGGUCUAUGAUUGAAGAAGAAAUGGAAAAAUGGACAUCUGAUCAGAAUCAGGAUGAGGAAUCUGGCUAUGACACAGUUGUACAGCAUGUUACUAAAAGGACUCAGGAAUCUAAAGAAUACAAAGAAAUGAUGCAUUCCCUGAAGAAUAUCAUGAUGGUAGUGGUGGAAUCUAUGAUUAAUAAGUUUGAAGAAGAUGAGAUGCGAAGUCAAGAGAGGCAGAAAAAAAUCCAGAAGGAGAAAAGCAACAGUUACUGCACAGAUAAUUGCUCUGAUAGUGAUUCAUCAUUCAAUCAGAGUUACAGAUUUUGUCAAGGAAAAUUACAAUUGAUUUUAGACCAGUUGGAUCCUGGGCAACCUAAAGAGGUGAGAUACGAAGCCUUGCAAACGUUAUGUUCGGCUCCGCCAUCUGAUGUUUUGAACUGUGAAAAUUGGACGACUCUCUGUGAAAAACUGACAGUGUCUCUUUCAGAUCCUGAUCCUGUGUUUAGUGACCGGAUUUUAAAAUUCUAUGCACAGACGUUUACUCUUUCACCAUUACAUAUGACCAAGGAGAUUUAUACAAGCUUAGCUAAAUAUUUGAAGUUAUACUUUCUUUCUAGAGAAAAUUAUAUUCCUACUCUUUCAGCUGGUAUAGAUAUAAGUAAUCCUAAUGUGAUCUGCUUACUUAAAAAGGUUCGUCUUCUAAAUGAAUAUCAGAAAGAGGCUCCAUCUUUCUGGAUUCGUCACCCAGAAAAGUAUAUGGAAGAAAUUGUGGAGAAUACUUUGUCCUUAUUAUCAGUUAAACAUGAUCAGAGCCAUCUUGUCUCACAAAAGAUUUUGGAUCCAAUUUACUUUUUUGCAUUGGUUGAUACCAAGGCUGUGUGGUUCAAAAAGUGGAUGCAUGCAUAUUAUAGCAGAACUGCAGUACUAAGACUUCUAGAAAAGAAAUAUAAAUCUCUGAUAACUACAGCAGUUCAGCAGUGUGUUCAGUACUUUGAGUUGUGUGAAGCCAUGAAAGCCGAUGAGAUUUUGGGUCAUUCAAAGCAUUGUGGGAACAAACAGAAAACCUUCUACUACUCAGGACAAGAAUUACAAUAUAUUUAUUUCAUUCACUCACUGUGCCUUUUAGGAAGGUUAUUGAUCUAUACACAAGGCAGACGGCUAUUUCCCAUAAAGCUGAAGAAUAGAAAAGAUUUAGUAUCCCUUACAGAUCUUCUGGUUCUGUUUACCCAACUUAUCUAUUACUCACCGAGUUGUCCAAAGAUGACAUCAGCUGCACAUUUAGAUAAUUACUCUCCUGCAAGUAUGGUGACUGAAGUUCUUCGGAUACUCUGUGAUCAAAAAGAAUGUGCAAUCGAAUGCUUAUAUAAUAACACUGUGAUUGAGGCACUUCUUCAGCCUAUUCAUAAUUUAAUGAAAGGAGCUAAGACUGCUCCAAAUUGCUCUGAAACAGCUUUAAUUCACAUAGCUGAUAUUUUGGCAAGAAUUGCAUCUGUAGAAGAAGGACUUACCUUACUACUUUAUGGAGAAAAUAUGAACUCUUCUGAAGAAAAAAGUCCUACAGGUGCUCAUAUAAUUGCCCAGUUUUCGAAAAAACUUCUUGAUGAAGAUAUUUCUAUUUUUUCUGGAUCGGAAAUGUUGCCCGUGGUUAAAGGAGCUUUUAUUUCUGUGUGUCGUCAAAUAUAUGGUACAUGUGAAGGCUUACAGGUGUUAAUUCCUUAUAGUUUGCAUGAGUCUAUAGCAAAGGCGUGGAAGAAGACAAGUUUGCUAUCAGAAAGAAUUCCUACUCCAGUAAAGGGUUCGGAUUCUGUUUCUUCAGUAAGCCAGGAAUCCCAAAACAUGCUUAUGGCUUGUCAAAGUCCCACUUUUAGAGCCUGUGUUAUACAUAUUAUGGCUUGGGAAGAGAAUUUGUUAGAUGAUUUACUAAAUUUUGCUGCCACUCCCAAAGGACUACUGUUUCUUCAAAGAACAGGUGCCAUCAACGAAUGUGUGAUGUUUAUGUUCAAUCGAUAUGCAAAAAAAUUACAGAUCAGCAGGCAUAAAAAGUUUGGCUGUGGAGUUUUGGUAGCACAAGUGGCGUCAACAGCAGCAGGCGCAAUAGCACUACAAAGUUCAGGGUUUAUUAAUGCACUUAUAACUGAAUUAUGGGCCAAUCUGGAAUGUGGAAGAGAUGACGUUAGAGUAACCCACCCCAGAUCUACUCCAGUGGAUCCUAUUGACCGGAGCUGUCAAAAGUCUUUUCUAGCACUGGUGAACCUGUUACCGUAUCCUGCUGUUUAUGAGCUGGUAGGCAAUCAAGAUCUUCCUAAUAAAGCAGAGUAUUCUCUUCGUGAAGUCCCAACGUGUGUUAUUGAUAUUAUAGAUAGACUUACAAUUUUGAAUUCAGAAGCUAAGAUUCGUUCUUUAUUCAACUAUGAACAAUCACACAUCUUUGGUCUAAGGUUAUUAAGUGUGGUAUGCUGUGAUCUAGACACUCUUCUCCUACUAGAGGCUCAGUAUCAAGUAUCUGAAACGUUGCUAAAUGCUCAAGAAGAAAAUAUCUUAGAGACCUCUGAAAGCCACAGGGAUUUCAUAAUCGAUGGCUUAUCAGUAGAGAGAAAUCAUGUUCUUGUUAGAAUAAAUUUUAUUGGUGGUCCCAUGGAACGUAUUUUGCCCCCAAGGGUAUUGGAGAAGGGUGAUGAUCCAUAUCCUUGGCCAAUGUUUUCAUCAUAUCCUUUACCUAACUGCUAUCUUUCAGAAGUUACAAGAAAUGCUGAUCUAAAACAAGACAGUGAUCUUGGCAAACUUCUAUUACGCUUCAAAAUGUCUGAUAAACAAACUGAGUGGAUAGAAAACUGCCGAAGACAAUUUUGUAAAAUGAUGAAGGCCAAACCUGAUAUACUCAGUGGAAGUGCUUUACUAGAAUUGCUUGAAAAAUUUGUGCUUCAUCUCUCCGAUAGCCAAUCUGAAUGCUACUUCCCCUCAGUGGAAUAUACAGCUACUGAUGCAAAUGUGAAGAAUGAAAGUCUUUCAUCUGUGCAGCAGCUUGGCAUUAAAAUGACUGUCAGAUAUGGCAAGUUUCUCAACCUGUUAAAAGACAGUGCAGAAAAUGAUCUUACCUUGGUUUUAAAGCACUGUGAGAGAUUCCUGAAACAGCAGCAAGCUCCCGUAAAAUCUUCUCUUCUCUGCCUGCAGGGGACUUAUGCUGGCCAUGACUGGUUUGUAUCUUCUUUGUUCAUGAUAAUGUUGGGGGACAAAGAGAAAACACUCAGAUUUCUUCAGCAGUUCUCGAGGCUUCUGACCUCUGCUUUCCUUUGGUUGCCAAGACUACAUGUUUCUAUCUCCAACUUGGGGAAACUGUCUACUAUACAAGAUAGGCUAAUACAAGACAGCAUACAGGUGGACCAUGUUGUUUCAUCCCGUCUGAAAAGUCUGUGUUUCAGUCCGUUUUCUUUCCAUAAAACUGAAAUCAGGCAGGACUCUAGCAGCUUGGGUUUUAUUAGAUUUAUUUUGAUAGCAUCAUUGAAUAUGGAAUAUAGAUCUUUGAAUGGAAUGGAGUGA